AUGGGAGGUCCACUUCUUCAGCUUGCUUGUGGGGAGGCAGGAAGCUGUGCAGCACACCAGUGCCACUGCCGUGAGGUGGAGGGUUGGAGCUGCCCCAUCUGCCCUGCCCCAGCUUACCUCAGGGCUCGUGUAGCCAAGCCAUCCAUGCCCCAACAGCUGCCUUGCCUCACAGCAGCAGAACCAGCACAUCACUCGGCCUCCUGCUCUGUUGUGGCCGCAACUAAGCAGAAGUUCCUCACUCAUAAUUACCAGCACACUUUGGCUCUGGCAUUUGCUGUUAAUGAGAUCAAUGAACAUGCUGGAAUCUUACCCAACAUUACCCUUGGUUUCCACAUUGCUACUGACAAUCAUGAGGAAACUACCACUUAUCAAUUAGCAAUGGAAUUUCUAUCUACAAAAGAUAAAUUUAUCCCCAACUACAAAUGUAAUGACCAGACCCACACGAUAGCUGUCAUUGGAGGACCCCGUUCUAGGACCUGUCUGAACAUGGCAACCAGCCUGUGUAACUACAAAUUUCCCCAGAUCACAUAUGGAUCAGCUCCAUUGAUGAAUGAUGAAAUAGCAGCACUGUUUGUCAAAUGGAUGUUCCCCUUUGAGGAGCACCAGUUUAAUGGAAUACUACAUUUACUGUUGCAUUUUGGAUGGACCUGGGUUGGGAAAGUUUGCUUUGUUGAGGAAGAAAAAGAGAGAUUCAUUCAAAAUAGCCUUUCCAUGUUUACAGAGAGAGGAAUCUGCUUUGACUUUAUAGACAGUAUCCCACAAAUAAUGUAUGGUAAUUUAGCUGCUGAAAUGGUGGAGGAGGCAGAUAAAUUACACAAAGUCAUCAUGAGGAGUACAGUCGUUGCAGUGAUCUUGAAUGCUGAAAUCACAGGCUUGGUGACUUUGAGACUUAUGAUCUAUGUUUUAGAUUCUGAUGAUAUACCAAAACAAAGAAAAGCCAAAAUCUGGAUCAUGACAGCCCAGAUGGAAUUCACCUCUAUUCAGAUUCAAAGACAGUUGCCCAUUGCUUUUCUCCAUGGUGCUCUUUCUUUUGCAAUUCACUCAAAGGAACUGACAGGGUUCCAAGAAUUUAUACAGAAGAGAAACCCAAACUUAGAAAAUGAAGAUGGCUUUAUUAGAGACUUUUGGAAAGAUGCAUUUGAAUGUUCCUUUUCCACUGCUAUUACAGAUGGGAACGCUGACAGGACCUGCACUGGGGAAGAGAAGCUGGAAUCUCUUUCUCAAUCUAUAUUUGAAGUGAGCACAACUGGCCACAGCUACAGCAUCUACAAUGCAGUCUAUGUUAUGGCACAUGCUCUGAGGCAAUUAUAUUCCUCCCAGUUCAAAUAUGGGGAAAGAAUUAAUGAGAGGAGAUGGAAGUUUUUUCUUCAGUCACCAUGGCAGUGCCUGAACAUGCUAAGAUUAUAUAAUUUAGUAAUGAAAAAUUUGGACAAAUUACUGGGGCUUCCAGAGAAGAAAUGGCGGACAGAAGAAAAGCAGAGCUGCCAGAAUAAAGAGCUAGACUUGGAUGAUUGUUGCUCAUGUCCAGAAAAUCAAUAUCCAAACAAAAAACAGGAUAGUUGUUUUCCUAAAAGGAUAACUUACUUGUCUUAUCAAGAUCCUUUGGGUGGUUCUUUGGCAAUAAUUGCAGUCUUCUUUUCUGUCAUGUCAAUUUUGGUGCUGGGGAUCUUUAUUAAAAACCAGGAUACUCCCAUUGUCAAAGCCAACAACAGAAACCUCACCUAUAUUCUUCUCAUUGCUCUCUUGCUCUCCUUCCUUUGCACUCUGCUCUUCAUUGGGCAACCUGACCAAGUGAAAUGUCUCAUGCGACAAACUGCAUUUGGCAUCACUUUCUCUAUAGCCCUUUCUUGUAUUUUGGGUAAAACAACCAUUGUUGUUCUUGCUUUCAUGGCCACCAAGCCAGGUUCGAAAAUCAGGAAAUGGGUGGGGAAAGAGCUGGCUAUCUCUAUUGUCCUAUCUUGCUCCCUGAUACAAUUCUGCAUUUGCAUGUUAUGGCUCGCAAUUUCUCCUCCCUUCCCAGAUUCUGACUUGCAUUCCAUGGCUGAAGAAAUUGUCCUGCAAUGUAAUGAAGGUUCAACCACUAUGUUUUAUACUCUGCUUGGCUUUAUGGGGUUCUUGACUGUUGUCAGCUUUAAAGUGGCUUUCCUAGCUAGGAAUUUACCAGACAGCUUCAAUGAAGCCAAAUUUAUCACCUUCAGUAUGUUGGUGUUUUGCAGUGUUUGGGUGUCAUUUGUUCCCACCUAUCUCAGUACCAAGGGAAAAUAUGUGGUGGUUGUGGAGAUCUUCUCCAUUUUGGCUUCAGCAGCUGGAUUACUGGGUUGCAUCUUUUCCCCUAAAUGCUAUAUCAUUACUUUGAGGCCUGAUCUGAAUAUAAAAAAGCAACUAACAAAGAAAUAA